UUUAUUUGGCGGGUUUUCACUGCGCAUGUCGCUUUUGUCCGAAAAUUUAAAAAAGUCGCAACAUUAUCUACAAUCAUUGCCACCAUGGCUGAUAAAGAAGGUGGUUAUGACGAUGCUGUUGAAGAAAGAGUGAUCAAUGAAGAAUACAAAAUUUGGAAAAAGAACACACCAUUUCUAUAUGAUUUGGUUAUGACACAUGCCCUUGAAUGGCCCAGUCUCACAGCACAAUGGUUGCCAGAUGUCACAAGGCCAGAAGGAAAAGAUUAUUCUCUACACAGACUUAUCCUAGGAACACACACGUGCAUGGGUAAAUAUUCCAGAUCUGACGAGCAGAACCAUCUGUUGAUAGCCAGUGUACAACUACCAAAUGACAAUGCACAGUUUGAUGCGUCACAGUAUGACAGUGAGAGGGGAGAAUUUGGUGGAUUUGGUUCUGUGAGUGGAAAAAUUGAAAUUGAAAUAAAAAUAAAUCACGAGGGUGAAGUGAACAGAGCUCGUUGUAUGCCACAGAAUCCUUGUGUUAUCGCUACAAAGACACCAUCUAGUGACGUUCUUGUUUUUGAUUAUACAAAACAUCCCUCAAAACCAGACCCAAAUGGAGAAUGCGCCCCGGAGCUCAGACUAAAGGGACAUCAGAAGGAAGGCUAUGGUUUAUCAUGGAACCCCAAUCUCAAUGGAAACCUACUUAGUGCAUCAGAUGACCAUACGAUAUGCUUAUGGGAUAUAAAUACAACUCCUCGUGAGGGGCGGGUCAUUGAUGCUAUGACAACAUUCACAGGUCACACCUCAGUUGUAGAGGAUGUAGCAUGGCACAACCUACACGAGAGCUUGUUUGGAUCUGUAGAGGAUGGACAAAAACUUCUAAUUUGGGACACAAGAUCUAACAACACUAGUAAGCCCAGUCACACAGUGGAGGCUCACACGGCCGAAGUGAACUGUCUGUCUUUCAAUCCUUACAGUGAAUUCAUCCUGGCCACUGGAUCAGCAGAUAAGACUGUAGCCUUAUGGGAUUUGAGGAAUCUCAAACUAAAACUUCAUUCAUUUGAGUCGCACAAAGAUGAGAUCUUCCAAGUGCAAUGGUCACCCCAUAAUGAGACUAUUCUGGCUUCUAGUGGUACUGACAGAAGACUCCACGUGUGGGAUCUCAGCAAGAUUGGGGAGGAACAGUCCGCGGAGGAUGCCGAUGAUGGACCCCCUGAAUUAUUGUUCAUCCAUGGAGGCCACACAGCCAAGAUCUCAGACUUCUCUUGGAACCCAAAUGAGCCCUGGGUGAUCUGUUCUGUAUCAGAGGACAACAUAAUGCAAGUCUGGCAAAUGGCUGAGAAUAUUUAUAAUGAUGAGGAGCCAGACACACCUGCUUCAGAAUUAGAACAAUCUUAGGAACAUUUCUGCAGGGGAAUUACAGUCUUAUGGACACUUUU